AUGUCUACAACUCCCGUAUUGGGCUUUUCUGAGCCACACACGCCAGAGGAAGCGAUGCAAGACUCACGUGGAGACCCCCUCGCUGGACUGAGUGAUCUAAGUACUCCCGAGCCUGGGAACGCAGGGAUGGGCUUUAAAUUCGGGUUGCAACCCCUGAAUCCACAUGAUAUCCCAGUGGAUACCGCCAAACUGGUUUUGGAGGCAAAUGCGCUCGUGGAAUCGAUCACAACGUGGAGGAAGGGGAAAGUGUACACAUACGAUGCCCCGGUGGCAGGGUUAGAAGUGCCAACGUUCUCGACCAUCCUCGACGGUGAAUACUGGUGUGCGCGAGUGAGCCAUGUCAACACGGAUACUUAUCCGUUUGCGACUUUGGUAAAGCAUCUGACCGGAGCUGAGUUCAAGGAGGGCGAGUGGGUGAUUAGAGACCGCUACAGACACACGGAGUCUGAAGGAAGGUAUAUCCAGUUGGUGGUGAGGUGGCGGCCCAUUCAAUGGUCCAGUUUCUCGAAGUCAGUUCUCGAAGGUUCUACAGACACUUUCAGUCCCGAAUUCUCGUAUCUACAGGACUGGAUAUGCGUGAAUCUGGAGUACCGGUUCGGGUCGAUGUUGUCGAAUCGCGAAUUUAAUGAAUUCAUAUUGGUGACUCCACCCAAGAGACUGUGUGACUUGAACCCGGAUGAGGCUGACGAGUCACUGGUGUGUUUUGUGAUAAGUCUGGUGGCAAACUACACGGUUACGGCUGGAAAUGUCCAUGCGGCGUAUUGCUCGGUGGAGAGGUUGAAGUACGAUCCCCAGACAAACCAAGUGGAAUGGGCCAUGGCAACUUGUAGCGAUGCUCGUGGAAACCUUCCGAGAAAGCUGCAACGAUUGAUGGCGGCCAAGGCAAUAUCCCACGACGUGCCCAGUUUUCUACAGUUUCUGAAUGCGUUGAGAAAAGACGAAGAUGGUUCGAUCAACUAG